CUACCAGUGUCUGUCAUUUUGCUUUAUAUCCCGUCUUCACUCAAGCAUUUUGUCCAAUGUGACCUGAAAAAUCACCCGUCCUUGAAUCAUGGCCAAGACAGUUGAGAUGGCACCUGUCCUAGCUUACCUGGUUACUCUUGCCGUUGUAAAUAGCCUUGCAGCUGACAUCACAAUGGACUUUGCAAAUGCCAAUGAUUGCACACGCUACCACAGUGGCCCAAUACAGCUGACCCCUGAUGAUGUAGUCUACGCUGACGUCCAGGGGCGUCAAACUAAAUUUGGGGGCCCCCUUGAGUGUAUAAUGAGGUUUACGGCACGGGAAAGGAGUAGAGGACUGCGGCUGUUCACUAAACACUUCAAUAUUAAUGACUGUGGGGUGACUCUGGAAGUGUAUGAUCAAAACGUGUUUUUGCAAACACCAAAGUGGAUCUUUGACUGCUACACAUCAAGUAACGAAGUCUAUGUGCUGGAAGGUGGAGAAAUGACUUUACGAUUGGGCAAGAUUUCAACAGCAUCACAUGCCUAUCAGUUCAAUAUACAAAUCACCACCAAUGAUUCUCCAAGGUUAGAGUACCCUCAAGAAGUGUAUCGUCCAGGAUCCCGAAGAAACACCCUGACUGAGGGAGCAAUGAUAGGAAUUUCCAUCAGCUGUAUAAUAGGGGGCGGUGUCGUGAUUGUCGUCAUUGUGUUUCUGGUUGUUAAAUUGCGAAAACGAAGGCGAGAGAGUCGACAUGAGCAGACUGAUUCUUAUGGAAAGCCCCUACCAAACAAGUAUUAGCUUAAAGCUUAUACAUGUAUUUAUGUGGGACUAGUCGUACAAGUAACAACAUAUAUGUACAUAGAUUUCACAUUGUUUGUUAUGUUCUUAAGAAUAUUUCUCAGCGUUCAGGACCGGCCUGGAUAGCACAGUUGGUAGUGCGUCCGCUUCGGGCCCGGUAGAUCCAGGAUCAAUCCUUGAUCGAGUCACACCUAAGACUUUAAAAGAGGAAGUUGUAACUUCCUCGCUUGCGUUCAGCAUGAAGGGGAUAGUGCAAUGACUGGUUGACCCGUAUCAGUAUAAUGGCUUGGGUGGGGCGGCUUACUUGCCUUCGGUAAGUCGUCUCAGCGAAGCAGCACUAAAUAAAAGAGCGGUGGAAAUCCGUCCUGCAACAAGGAGGCACAUUACAUGUACAUGCAUCCUAAUGAUUCCUUCGUCGUCAUAUGACUGAAAAAUUGUUGAGUACGACGUUAAACCCCAAGCACUCACUCACUCACUCUCAGCGUUCAUAUCAAGAUUUUUCUAGGUGUUUAUAUUUAAU